UUUAAAAGUUAUUUUAACGCCGGGAUUUAGUCUUGCAGAACGUGGCUGCACGAGGUCAGUUUACGAGUGCAAGGAUCUGGUUGGUGCGAACGGUUAUAAAAUCAUAUUGAGAAACGCGUUUUCAGCACCUGCCCUGCGAACAGGGCUUGAUCAGUUUCACGGGUAGUGGCAAAGACGUGGAGCAGAGACCCGGAACAUUCGCACCGAGUUAUUUGAAAUACAAAGAAGCUGAAUCAACAGCUACUCUGACCAAAGCAGAAGCGUCAAUAUCUAGCAACUUUACAAACUCUCGGACAAGAUGGGAGAAAAGAUGGCAUGGAUAAAAGCCCAUCACGCGUUUAAAUCGCGAUGGGACAGAACGGACAAUGACAUGUGCCGCAACAGCAUGUCGUUCUUCCUCCAUAAAACCAUCCGGGGUGACUUUUUUUCCAGUUAUCUCUUCCUCUUGGAGGGGCUGCCUCUGGUGAAACUGUUCACUUUGACAAGUGAAAUCAUUAAUGGUGAAAUGCAGUUCUAUGCCAGAGCCAAACGCUUCUAUGAAGAUGUGCCAGCAACAGAGGAGGGUAUGAUGGGAGACUUUUUGGAGCUCAACAGCAUAGAUGUGGAGGCUUCCUGUGGGUUUCUGAGGAAGUUUGUUGGAGGUCCAGGGAAGGCUGACACUGAGUAUGCAUUGGACUGUGGCUGUGGCAUUGGCAGAGUUACCAGAUAUGUCCUGCUACCUUCUUUCUCCUCUGUUGACGUGGUGGACAUGAUGGAUAACUUUUUAUUUGAGGCACUUUCCUACAUUGGAAAAGAUGCACAAAAAGUCAAGGAUUAUUUCUGCUUUCCUUUACAGCAGUUCACUCCACCCAUUAAAAAGUAUGAUGUUAUCUGGAUUCAGUGGGUAACUGGACAUUUAACUGAUAAGGACCUGAUGUUGUUCUUAAUAAGAUGCAAGAGCAGCCUGAAGGAUAAUGGAGUUAUCAUCAUUAAAGAUAAUGUUGGACGACAGGGAUGUAUCAUGGACCAAAAUGACAGUAGUGUAAUCCGGGAGAUUGAGAUUUUAAGGAAUAUCAUAGCAAAAUGUAAUCUGGAGAUCAUCUGUGCUGAGAAACAGCUGGACAUCCCUGAGCAGUUUGUACCUAUAUGGAUGUUGGCCUUGAAAUAGGAAUUAAACGUGCUUAAUUCAAUGUCCAUAGAGUAGACCAUUUCUAUGAUGCAAAUUAAUUGUGAUAUGUAAAAAUGUUAGCACUAGAUAAUGCUAUACCUAGAUUUAUAAAUCCAUUGUUAACGAUCUAAUGCACUUCUUUUGUACAUGAUUCAUUUUAACAUACUUACUUAAUUCAUUGUUAUUUGUGUUCCUUUCUAACUUGAUUGCAAGAUACAAAAUGUUUACUUUUGCUUUCUAUGCAGCAUGUCAUUUGUGGUCAAAUCAGGUAACCGUGCUUCCAGUUCAUUGUCCAUGUUGUUUAAUACCAUCAUACGAACAGUGGUAAAGUCAUCGGAACCUUGAACAGUUUGUGCAAUUAAACCGUUUAAAUCAUUUCCAGGAAGUCAGUAAUAGGUCUGCAGGAACAUUAGUUGCUCAUUUCAGCAAGAUAUUUUGUAUUGAUCUAAAUCAGAAUCAAUGAUUCACCAAACAGUCCUAUCUACUGCCUGCCGUCGCAUGUGGCAGCAGGCACCCCCCCCCCCCCCCGCAUUGUUCUUGGUGGUUCCCCUCUCACUGUGUACCCCCUUCUUUCAUGCCCCCCCCCUCCCUUGCUAGAUCUCCCCUUCGUUCACGGCAUCCCCUCCUCCCCUGCCGGUCCCCCCCUUCAUUCUUGGUGGCUUUCCCGGCUCUCUGACAGCCCUCCCCGCUCUCUGAUGGCCCCCUCAUUCUCUGACGGUGCUCCCCGCUCUCUAACGGCCCUCCCCCCCUCUCCGACACCCCACUCGCUCACCGACACCGCCCUCGCUCUCCGACGGCCCCCCCCUCGCUCUGACAGCCCUUCCUGCUCUCCGACGGCCCUCUUCGUUCUCCGACAGCCCUCCUUGCUCUUCAGCGGCUUACCUCCCUCUCAGACAGUCCCCCCGCUCGCUCUUCGGCGGCCCGCAUCACCGACAGAUCCCGUCGACGUUCGCGGUGGACGAGCCGGGCAGAUGAGAAAACAGAAAAACAACAAACACUAAACACCAACUAAAACUGUCAGAUUUAAAAAAUAAAUUCUGGGUAGUUAUAAUUAUGAUUCAUGCAGACCAGAACUUAUCUCCAGAAAAACAUCUUCCUCAAAUCCUAAUAAAAGUCUUGACAAACCUUUGUAUAGAAAUUUAAUUGUGUUCUGCUUUUUUUUAUAUAAGUUGUGAAUGUCUGAAGAUUGACUUGUUUUCAGAAUGGAAUGCAUUAACGAUGGUGUUAGGUUAUAUUGAGCCACUUCUAAAAUACAGCUGGAUGCCUUGUGAAA